AUGCCCUCGGCCGACGCAGCCGAGUGGGAACUCCCCCGGCUGCGUGCGUCCUUUCUCUUCCAAGACGACUACAGGUCUUCAGCCCCUGAUGAUGAAGCGGGGAACCAAGACCUUGCUGAGUUCUUCGAUGUCAAGUUCUAUCCUUACAACCCUCAAGGAGCACCUCCAGUGUUUGCAGCUACGAGCAAGAGACACGCCGUCAUAUGCCGGUUGACGCAAAUCGACAAAGACACACAGCCUUGUGAGAUCAUUCAACUCAUUAGGGAUGAUAGCGAUGAUGAGAACUGCGCCAGCUGUUGGUCGAGAGAUCCGGUGACUAAAGAGCCGUUACUCUGCAUCGCGGGAACUAGUUCCAAUAUCAAAAUUUACAAUGUGCGGCAGGGUACUUUGGCCAAAACUCUUGUUGGCCAUGGUGGUGGCAUCAACGAUAUCACAACUUCGCCGGAUAACCCGCUCAUUAUCGCAUCAGCGUCAGAUGACACAACCAUCAGGAUAUGGAGCCUAGCUCCAGCCCAUAAAAAACAACCUUGUCUCUGUAUUCUGGGCGGUGAGAGUCAUUCCUACGAUUUGCUCAGUGUGGCCUUUCAUGAUACCGGGCGCUACCUCUUAUCUACUGGACAUGAUCAGGUCAUCAAUAUGUGGGCGUUGCCCGAAUUCCCCACCGAGCACAUCGACGUUCCCGUCGUGUUCCAAUACCCUCACUUUUCGUCUUCCGAGAUCCAUAACAACCUAGUUGAUUGUGUAGCAUUCCACGGUGACCUCAUCCUCUCCCGUGCCUGUCACGAAGACUCCAUCGUACUCUGGCAAAUCGAAGGCUUCUCGUCCACCGACCCGAUCCCUGGCCCGCUCGACGCGCCUACGCCCAUCGACAUGGCUAAGCAGACCCGGUCUUACUUCACCCCAACUCUUUCCCCAGCCCGCCCAGCCAUGUUCACUCGCCUGGCUCAGUUUCACACACCGGACUGCGGCAUCCAGUUCUUUCUUCGCUUCCGCAUGUUCCGCGUGCCGGGUAAGCGGCCGAUCCUUGCCUUUGCCAACGCUAAAGGCAAGACCUUCUUCUGGGACUUUGAGCGCUUCGGCGAAUACGCCCGGUACAUGGACGCGCUCAAGGAGGCCAAAGACGCCGGACGCUAUCCACUUGUGGGCGAGGGUGCCGUUGUGCCUAAACCUGUCUGGCUGCCCGUGCGCCGCGUGAAGAAGGCGAACACGACCAGCAACUCAUUCGUGCAAUCCACCGCCGGUGAUGGAACCGCCAGCCUCCGGUCCUUCGCGGCCAUGUCUGUUGUUGGAGGUGGUGGUGGUGAUAAAGAAUCUAUGGUCUCGGCUAGUCCGGACCCGGAGAGCCACCCUGCCCUGCCGACGUCAGGGCUGGGGUAUAACCGCGAAACUCUGGAAGCAUGGGCCGAGACGUACGAUGCGACAGACCCCGUCCGGUACAUCAAGGCACAUCGGAUGGUUCAGAUAGAGGGCGGGUUUGUGGGACGGCAGGUCGGCUGGAGCCCGGAAGGGGAGUGGUGCGUUGUUGUCGGGAAUGGAAAUCGCGCAGUGAUUUAUCACCGGUGGGCAAAGGAGAAGGGAACGGCGACACCGGUUGCUUAG